AUGGCGUGUUAUGGAAUGAUAUUUGUCCAUUUGUAUGGAAAGUAUAAAUAAAUAUAUCUCAUGAACCGUAAGUUUCCGCAACUUAAUACUUUACAAAACGCUUUCUUAUGGUGAGUACUAUCUACAAAAAAAAUUUGAGCAUUCAAAUCGACGGGUCAUAUUGGAAAGUUUAUCCCCACUUUUUAUCGCAAUACAUACAUUUAAUUUUACGCUAUUAAAUGAACGAAAUAUAUACAGGACUAUAAAAUACUGUGCAACUGGUACAUACAAUUUAUAACCUAAAAUGGCCACUAAUAUUUUCAAAAGUUUUUUAAGGCCUAGAAUAAAGACCAUAUUUUUCAAAAGAUAUGAAAGUUCCGAAAAACGAGUGGCUAUUCACGACCCAUUUUCUAAUAAGCCAGAAAAAAAUAAAGAGUCAUAUUUGCAAGUUAUUAAGUUUUUCGAAGGCCGUGAUCAAAGAAGACGGGGUCACGUAGAAUUUAUUUACGCUGCCCUAGGUCGGAUGAAAGAGUUUGGUGUUAAUAAUGAUCUUGAAGCGUAUAAAGCUUUAGUAGAUGUCUUACCAAAAGGAAAAUUGGUUCCAACAAAUAUAUUUCAAGCAGAAUUCUUACACUACCCAAAACACCAACAAUGUGCAGUUGAUCUAUUAGAACAGAUGGAAAAUAAUGGUGUAAUGCCUGAUAUAGAAAUGGAACAAAUGCUACUAAAUACUUUUGGUAGAAGAGGUAUACCUCUUAGAAAAUAUUGGAGAAUGAUGUAUUGGAUGCCAAAAUUUAAAAAUCUGAGUCCCUGGUACCUGCCUGAUAAAAUGCCAGAUGAUACCCUAGAACUUGCAAAACUUGCUAUUCAGAGAAUCACAUCAGUAGAUCCUGACAGUAAUAUAAAUGUUUGGCAGACAGAAGAGAUAGAGGUUGCACUAGACAAGACUUGGAUAGUAAGUGGUCAGAGUCGAUUACAGAAGUUGCUCUUAGCUGAACAACCAAUCGAAGAACCGCUUGUAAUUAAAGGCCCUUAUUAUGUAUACUUGAGAGAUCAAAGUGUUACUUAUUUUACUCUUCUAGGUAAAAUAAGGCCUGAACCAAAAGAUGACAUUGAUUGGGACGAUGUUUCUAAAAUUGAAAAACCCUCUGGAAUACCUGGCUUUAUUGGAAAGACUACAUUACCCUCAAUAAAAUGUACAGUUCAUGAACAAGAUGAUGGCACAAUUUUAGCCAUUUGUGCUACAGGUACUUCAUCGAGAGAUUCAUUACUUUCAUGGAUAAGGUUACUAGAAAAACAUGAUAAUCCCUUACUUGCUAAUAUACCUGUUAUAUUCACUUUGCUGGCCCCAGCAUCAGAUGUCUCUCUCCAGGAAACCCAACCAGCCUUACAAGAAGAGGAUAAUAUAGAAAGAGCCGGGUAACAGUUAAUAAGUUAAUAAAAAGUUAAUCAUGUAGUGAUUUAAAAAUACCAUAACUUAUGUAAAGAUUUAUUUACACUUUAUACAAUAACAUUUAAGUUAAAACUGUAUAGAAUUAUAGAACAAAUUACAAAGUUU